AAAAAAAGUUCUGCUAAGAGCGCCCGCCUAUUUAAAUGAAGUGGACUGACGCGGCAGAAAAACAUCACAUGAGCUGUUUACUUCUAUAAGUGACUUCAUUUGAUAUUGGAUUUCACCGGUCCAUAGGAAGGAUGAAGUAUGUCACGCUCUUCCUCGUGCUGUCGCUGGUGGUGAUGAUGGCUGAGCCUGGCGAGUGUUUUUUUAAACACAUAAAGAAUUUGUGGAGAGGCGCCAAGGCAGUGUUCCAAGGAGCUAAGGCGGGAUGGAGAGCUCACAGAGCACAGAGGUACCAGCAAAAUGGACAAUGGAAUGAAGACCAACCACCGCCAUACCUGCCCAUUUUUGUUGAGGACUGAUCACGCGUGGACCCUGUUGUCCACUGUCCCCAUACUAACAUCAGCAAACAAAUAAGUUGUCGUCAAGUUUCAGACAUUUGACAUCCUUUUUUAAAUCUUUUGUUUUAUUUUAUAAAUGGCUCCAUACUCUUUACUAAUUACUAUCCUGCUCAAUAAAGCAAAUAUAAAAAGAGAA